AUGACGGCCACCCUGCCCCAGGGUCUGAUCAGUCCUGCGCCAAAUGAUCAGAUAUCUUUUGGACAAGAUUCGACAGAUCUCGACAAUCAAGAAAUCCUUCGUCGGUUUUGGAGAGUCUAUGCAAUCCAAAGUGAUGCAACCCGCGACAAUGCAAGUGUCCGGGCUCGCAAUCUCUUCUGGAGAGUCUGGAGCUGCCCCAGGCUCGCAAAAUCCAUCAGCAGCACCACUUUAAUGAGGCUCUUGCAUCGGGCGAGCCAAGACUUUGAGCUGGACUCGAUAGGCGACACGAUCCAGCUUCCACCUUUACCAUCUCAGCUGGAGUCUCGAAAUUCACCAGAAUUUUUGCCUCAAACAUCACUGCUAGCUUCGGAUUCCAGUGCAAUCCGAGAUCCAAGGUCUUCUCUACAAACUUUCAGAUUUCCCCUCUCUAGUGAUUCCAAAGAGCAGCGAAUUCAGCAACAACGUCGCCAGCUACCAACACCCCCCUCCGCCUCUGGCCACCAAUCCGAAAAUACUUCGGGUUCGACAUCAAACACCACCUCAGAAUCAGGUUCAAGGCCCUCAUUGACCAGAUCUGCUAGUAGCGGUCGGCCACGGCUUCCGGUCCUUGCUGCCGCUGGCAAAUCAAGGACUAGGCCUCUUCUACCUCGUCGAAAAUCCAGCACCCCAAAAUCACCGAAUAUUUCCAAUCCCCCAAAGUCGCCCAAAGCGAGUUUUGAGAAGAGCGGAGCUAGUCAGAUGAUACAAGCAGGCCCAACUGCAAGUCUGGUGCAAACGGGUCCAGGGGAACCAACAUCUGGGCUUCUCAAAACUCCUUCAACAAGUACUGGGACUGCAUUCGCGCUGCCUUCUGCGUCUUCUUGGCAGAGCGUUGAUUCAACUACAGAAAGUCGAAAACUAGCAACAACAGCUCCUCAACCUACACUUGGUGACUUAGUUGACCCUAGAUUCAGAGUGAAAUUCGUGGAGAGCCAAAAGAAGUUGUCGAGUGUUACAAACCUCGCAGGCCUUGGAAAAGUCAAGAAAAGUAUGAGUACUGUAAGAUUUGCAGACGAGACCCCGGAGGUCGCUGGCAAGGGGAAGGAAAGGGAGAUACUUGCUUCUUCCCCCGAAGAUGUUCAAGCUGGUCCCUCCCAGAUGAGGCCCGCGAUCAAAACAAUCGAACAGCGACGAAAUCGGUCCGGUCAUCGUGAUGAUGAAAACGACAAUGUGGACGAAGAUGAGGACGAAGACGAGGAUGAUGAUGAUGACGAGGAUGACAAUCUGCAGAUGGUUCUUCCCAGAACCAAAAGUCAGCUUAGUCUCCUGAUUCAGCAUAAACGAGAUCAGACGGGGAGUCAGGAUUUAGGGCCCGCAUCUUCACCUGAGACGGUUGUCAAGCCGAAAAUCAAGGACAAGACUAAGGAGGAAGAGCUCUUAUCGAUGGGGCAAAGGGACGGCGUCACGAAGGCAGGCGGGGUGCAGAUUCCUCGACAGCAGAGAGUGAUUGGGCGCGACGGUCCUGAAGACCUCUCGUCCUCGAGCCCGGAACCAUUGUUCUGA